AUGCAAUCACACUCUAGAACGAGCAUCAACAUGGCAAGAUCAAAUCCCAAUAGAUGUAACGAGUCAGUUGUUGGGCCGCAUCCACUCCGACUUUACUCAUCGCCAAGCAGGUUGGCAGUAGUACAAGCAGCCGCUUUAGUCCACUUCACGGCACGAGCACUCUUCAGUGGCUCUUUUGUUGUUAAUAUUGCAGCGAUGUUACGCUUGCUCUGUAUGUCCGCGCCUCCUUCAGUCGACUGUAGCAUGGGCCGGUUGUGCAAAUCACUGAGCAACUUGUGGCCGAAUACCCGUCCGGGCAGGAAAGGGGGCUUUUUCCGUGUCACGAAAAAGCGGACAGAGCUGAGUCGAUGCGGGCGGACAACUAUGCGCGCAUGUAGCGCGUUGUCGCUUUCAAUAGCCUUUGUCGUCUCCAUCGUCCGACGUAGUGAUACGUGCAAUUACAGGCCACCCGGGGCGCAAUUAUAUCUGCCUCUGGUGGCGUCUGAAAGAGUUAGCAUUCACUUCUCGCAUUGUUCGGUCACUUUCUAUCACAAUCGGUCGUCUGCCUCGUUUCGGUCAUCUCUAACUUCCAAACCCCCUCCCCCACCUCCCUCCCAGUCGGACAAGCGUGGGCAUGAGGCGUCCAGUUGUCGCCACUACCGGUCGGCCGCCCGCCCCCUUUCAGUUGGCGGGGUUUACCGUGUGACACUCGAGUCUAGUGUUGCCAUCCCAUUCUCAUAUUUUGUCCCACCUGCUCUUCACACUGGCUCUGAGGCGCUCGAGGGGCCUGCAAAACUUUCCCACCUCGGGGACUCGCGUAAACUCGCGUCUUCACACACUCGGGGUAGGUGUUAUAUGCGAGACGGGCGCAAGAUGCAACGCCGGUCGGUCUGCGAUCGUAAUUUCGCAGUUGCCAUGGCCUCACCUCAACACUCAUACACGCACACCCGCCUCGAGGUUUGGACGGCCAACAAUUUGAGUCCGGCUCGCGCCUCUGCAACCUGGCCAGGCCGGAAUUCGCGUCCGGGGCCUGUACUUUCUGGCUCAGCCGUGGGCCCCGCAACCGGGACAAGCAGAUCAGCCACGUGGUUCCGGGGUCUGAUCUCUCUGGUUUUAGGCUUGUAUGUGCCGGUUCGGCGGCGUGCGAUUGCAAGUGUCAUCGAGUCUAGCAACAGGUUCGCCUUGACCGAAUAG